UAUUUUACAACAACACUACUUAUACAAAUAUUUUUCAUUGACUUAGCUAGACAAUGGCCAUGUUUAAUGAAAAAAUGGGCAGAAGUGGAUUCAUCAAUGAGAUCGUAUGCAUAUUCAAGCAAUUUAUAUAAAAAAUUAAAAAUUACAUCAAUUUUCGUAAUGCUAGCUGCAUUUGGUGAACAUGGAUUAUUUGUCGCAAAUAAAAUUGCUGUUAUAGAGACAAAUGUGACUAAAGCAGAAAUGAUUGAAAUAUAUUUCAGGAGAAAUUAUAAUCAAAUCUUUAAAAUUAUUCCAUACAAUCUUUGGUUUGGCAUAUUCGUAGAGAUUUUUGAAGUGUACUCUGUAUUCACUUGGAACUAUAAUGACCUCUUUAUAAUGUUGAUAAGUAUAACACUUUCAGAAAGGUAUUCGCAAAUUGGCAACAAAAUUAAACUAAUGUCAAAAUACAAGAUUAUCGAUAGAUCACAUUGGCAAUCUGUUCGAGAGGACUAUAUUAGAUUAAAUGCACUUUGCAAACUAACCAACCAUUUAAUGACAAAUAUCAUUGUACUUUCUUUCAUGCAUAACUUAUUUGUGGUCCUCAUACAGUUUAUGUAUACACUUCACUACGAAACAGAAAUAGAUUGUGAGAGCAGGAAUCCUUUAGAUGUACUAACUUCUCUUCCUUCGAAAAUUUAUAACAUUGAGAUAGAAAGAUUUAUAGUACAUAUUGCAAAGGAUCCGGCCCACUUAAGUGGUGGUGGCUUCUUCAUCAUAUCAAGAUCACUUUUGUUACGUAUAGCUGGAGCUAUUGUUAGUUACGAAUUAGUUUUAAUACAAAUGUAUACUAUCAAAUAA